AUUUGGUGCAAUGUGUCUAGGCGCGUCCCUCGAGUCUCUUGAUACAACUGGGGCUGAAGCUCAUUAUGGUACACGAUUCUUGUACCAAUGGUAAAAUGUUUAUUUUGUCUGAAAUAUUGGAUAUCAAAAGCCCAUCUUUUUUCGAUGCAGUUUAUGCUUUUGUUUAGUCGUCAAGGAAAGCUGCGACUACAGAAAUGGUUUGUGGCACAUACUGAUAAAGUCAAGAAGAAGAUAACAAGAGAAUUAGUCACAUUAGUUUUAGGACGAAAACCUAAAAUGUGUAGCUUUUUAGAAUGGAAGGAUUUAAAAGUAGUAUACAAAAGAUAUGCUAGUUUAUAUUUUUGCUGUGCUAUAGAACCAGAAGAUAAUGAAUUACUUACUUUAGAAAUUAUUCACCGAUAUGUUGAAUUGUUGGAUAAGUAUUUUGGAAGUGUAUGUGAACUAGAUAUUAUAUUUAAUUUUGAGAAAGCCUAUUUUAUGUUAGAUGAGUUUUUACUAGGAGGUGAAGUUCAAGAGACGAGCAAGAAAAAUGUACUCAAAGCUAUCGCAGCGCAAGAUCUCCUACAAGAGGACGAUGCAAUAGAAACUGCUCUUAAAGAAUAUGGCUUAGUAUAAUCUCUUCAACCAUUAAUGUAUCUUAUAAAAGGAAAAUGAUGAGCCAAAAUCUAUCCUGGAAGAAAUGGGUUUCACAGUGUCGAGUUAAUGUUAUUGAUAUUGUGAUAAUCUUUCGUUCACCAGUCAGUGCCUAGAGACACAACAAAGACUGAAAUGACUAAAGAACCAAAUCAUUUUAAAACCAUUAUAUUCCAAUUCCAUUUUAUUCAAAUAUAUUUGAAAUUUUUAUUGAUAGCAAUCAUAGAAACCGUGAUUAUGUUUCAGAAAUUGAAAAAGUAUAUUUCAUAGUCGCUAGUCAUUACUAAUAAUAAAAAAUUAUUUAUAUUUCAUUAGAAUUAUUCUGAUUAAACUUACAUUAUCUUUGUACAUACACGCUUUGACCAUUUAAUAUCAGCAGUCUUGAACAAAAAAUUUAAUUUAAAAAUCUGUAUGAUUUGUUUUCUGCUCCAACACCAAAUAAAUAAUACCUGCAUUUAUUGUUUGAUUAUUUAAACAUACAUUAUGCAAGAGCUAAAUCUGCAUUGCAGCCAAUUGCAGGUCUUUCUUUAGGCCUGAAAUGUUAUAUAAUCAACUCUCGAUGCCAUCUUAUGUGUCGGACUUUCACUGGAUUUAAAUCUGAUCUGCUGCUCCCCACACAUUGAUGAUUAAAAAAAAAAAUGGAUAAUCCGGACUAUGUUUUUUAUUGUACCGACUUCAUGAUGAUUGAGACUAGGCCCAAAAUACAAUCGCUAAUAUCUUGGUUCAGAGUGGAACAAUUUUUUAACUAUUAUAGCGAGAAGGAGUACUGCCAGCUCUUUAUCUAUUCUUCCAGGAUAAUGUAUCUUUAAUAAAUUAGAAUGCAGAAAUUUAAAAUUGCUAAAAUACAACUUUUACUAAUGUAAAAGCCCAACAUUGAAACUUUUUUCAUUUGCAACAGUACAUGUAUUUGAAGACAAGGUCACAAUAAUAUAACUUAAAUCAUCAAUAUGUCAAUUAUAAGGCAACACAAAUAAAAUAACUUGUUUCUCGGGCACCGCCCGCACGCAAAAUUGGUUGCGCGUGCAGUCUAUUUAUUAGUCUUGAUGAAAAAAAAUAAAUAUGUAACGCCCGCCCGCACAUCGACAAGCAAGUCGUAAAAAAAAAUAUCCCGCGUGUACCUACAUCCGCCAUACAUGUAUAUCUAUUCAAAUGUAUUAAAACUGAUUCAGAUGAACAUGCUGUCUUUUUUAUCCGAACAAUGGCGAAGUUUGGCAGAUUUGCCUUUUUUAUUGAUAUCGAAAGAACCUCCAUUUUGUAUCACGUGAUAUUAAUUACCUCCCCUGAUAAACUAGAAUUUGAUUCGUGUUAAAAGUCAUUGGCGACAAUAUUUCAAUCAUUCGAUCGUAAUCGGCUCAUUAUUGCCGGCUUCAGUCGGUCCUUGUUUGGAAAAUCCUAUUGAUAAAAUAAUGAACCGUAGAACAGGUUAAUUAAUUAUAGCUAAGAAUACGAUACGAUGACGAUAGUCGUCAUAAUGUGAUAAUGCAUACCUUAGAAUCUGGGUCAUUAUUAGCACAUUUACGGUAGUUUCGAUAAUCCGGAAAAUAAUAAUUGGAUUACCGAUUUGAUGGUUUUACUGACCAGUUGUUAGUUAGAUUUAAAUAGUCAUUCAAUAUAAACACCGGAUAGAACACCGAAUAUCCUGAGAAACACACCGAAUAUCCCAAGAAACAGUAUUUCCGGCAAUCUCCAAUACCGAUGACACGGUGUGACAUGCAUUUGUUGGAAUUCGGUAAAUAAUUAUAAACAAACCGGCGAUACUAGAUUUAGUUUUAAAUACUGUUUACCAUGAUUAUUAUUUUUGAUACACCUGGUGAAAGAGGCUUAGUUUUUAAAAAUAUUGUUGUCUUUAUGGAGGGCUAUUACAUAGUCGUAUGGAAUUUUAUUUUAAACCAAUUUCAAUUAUGUGAAUUAAAUAUGGAAAAUUAUUUUCCUUUCAGUCAGUGUUCAGUCUCAGUGUUUUAGUAGACUUGAUUUUGGGUUUAUGUUUUAAGUAUGUACAAUAAAGUUGAAUAUAACGGAAAGCAAAAACGUAAACAAGUAAUGACUUUCUCAUUUAAAAAAAAAAAAAAGAAAGACCGCCCUCCCGCCCCAACAAUUUUCAGCAAUAGCCAAAUUUUAUUUUGCACCAUCAAUGAGUAAAAAAAAAAAAAGAAACCGCCCUCCCUCCCUACAGUUUCAGCUGUCAGUUGCCCGAGAAACAAGACAUUUAUUUUGUGUGGCCUAAAAGGGAGACAAAUAAAUAGGUUGAUUAAUAGUUCUAUAAAAUGUUAAAACACUCUUGUCAGGAUUUGUUGUGCUUAAAUAAAUGUAUGUGGCCUUUUUGAGUAUCUUUAUUUUAAAUCAGUGUUGUCUUGAUUUUCUUACAUAUAAAAUAUAUAUCUCAUUCUUUCCAGAAGUCAAAAAGCGAAUAAUUAAAUUAUGAAUAAAAAUAUUAUAAUUGUUAUAUAAAUGUAUCUAUAUGAAUAUUAAAAUGUUAUCUACUUUG